AUCACCAAAUACAGACUAUGCACUGUUAUUUUCUCUGUGCUGUCCUUCACGCCAUCAUCUCGUGAUUAGUUAGUUGACCGAAGUCGAAAGUUGCCGGGAUAGGGCACUGGAGUAACUGUGAGCAAGUAAGCGAGGGCCAGGAUGAACACCGCGCUGAAACACUGGAGGGAGGCGGCGACGGUGAUCUUGGCGGCCGGCCUGAGACACGCUCAGAGCGCGGACUCUCUUAAAACAGGUCUGGAGAAAGUCUCUGACAUAGCGCACAGAUCCGCCUUUGAUUAUCAAGUGCUGUUGCUAAAACGGAGCGGCAGCAGCGGCUUCAUGCCCAAUGCCUACGUGUUUCCCGGGGGGCUGGCGGACGCGGCUGACUUCUCCAGCGACUGGCUGGAGGUCUUUCAGUCCUUCACGAAAGUGCCCAACUACGGCAUUGGAGUCGUGAAGCAGCCGCCGGAGACCAGGCCGCCCAUUUUCGCCACUGACAGAGCGCAGCUGGGAUCCCCGAUCCCCGGAGACGUGGCUUUCAGGAUAUGUGCAGUGAGAGAGACGUUUGAGGAGUCCGGUGUGCUCCUGGCGGUCCCCACACACGAGGAAAGCGGCAUUCGCGUGCGCACAGAUGAUGCUCGGGACAGUGACCCCCAGCCAACCCUGACCACACUGAGCGGACUGUGGGACAGAGACGUGCUGUCCAAGUGGAGGUCUCUGGUUAUUAGUGACUCGGCGAAUUUUAUUAAGAUGUGCAAGGAGCUGCAGUGUCUGCCCAACAUCUGGGCUCUACACGAGUGGGGCAACUGGCUGACCCCCAUAGGCAUGCACGGCAAACAGAGGCGCUACGACACAGCCUUCUACAUCUGCUGUCUGCGCGACACGCCACACACGCUUCACGACGAGAAGGAAAUAGUUCAUUUCAAGUGGUCCAGUCCCUCUGAAGUGCUGCACAGCUAUAAAUCAAAGGAGAUCUGGAUCGCUCCACCUCAGUUCUACGAGCUUGGACGCAUGUGCCGGUGUCCAGCUCUCGCAGAUCUCCAUCGCUUUGCCUGGCAGAGGUCUUUGGAGGGUUGCGAACAGUGGCUGCCUAUUCACCUGGUGGCACCUGACUGCUUUGCAAGCAUUUUACCAGGGGAUGCUCUGUACCCGGAAAAAGUGGACCGUUCUGUUAAGAGCGGCGGCGUGAUGAAAACUGAGAAAAGUAUUGAAGAGCUCCAGCAGGACAGUGCAAACCUGCACCGUAUCGUCGGCCAGGAUCCAUAUUCAAUAACUGUCCGAAUGAACAUCACACCCAAGUAUAAACACCUGUCUCCUCUCUUCGGUACAGAUGUGGACAACCCCUCCAAAAACCAUAGUAAACUCUGACACUUACCUUCCAAACAGGUGCAGGACUGACGGACAGAAAGUUUUUUUUUUUUUUUUGUAUUUUGUAAAUCGGCUCAUUUCUACCUACUGAUGUGGAACUUGAGCAAUUCAGUGUAGUUCAACAUAUGGCCUCCCUAACUUCUGUCAUAUAAAAAUGAUAAACAAUGACUACCUUGUUGAUGUGGCAACUGCUGGUACCAUGAAAUUUUUUUUUAUGUGCAUUAAGAUUACCAGGUGUAAAGUUUGAAUUGUCACAGUUCUUCAUUAAUGUAAUAUUGCAGAUGAGGCAGUAAAGGGUAAAUGGCACUUUGAAUUGUUUUCAGUUGUUGAACGCUCAACUUUUUCAUGCUUUGAGUUUGCUGAAUACAGGACUCUACAAGCAAAAAAUAACUUGAACAAUUGUGUACAAAAAUUGCAUUUGUCUGAUUGGUUUAUGGCUAGUAUAUAUAAUCAACCAAUUACAACAAAUCUGGCUGUAGCAGCAGCUAUUGCAUAUUUAUUUAUAGUACUGACUAGGAUAAAUAAUUUAAAUCUAGGUUAAGUACAAUGAGUAGUAAAUCAUGAAUUGUCAUUAUGUGAUUGAAAAACUCUAGUGUCACAUUUUAAUUAAAACGGAAGCAUGAUGUGCAUUUCUGGCAUCUUUAAAUUCAGAAAAAAUGAAUUCAGACAAUGUGUGUGAAUGUUUUCAAACAGUUUAAUCAUACAUAAACUAAAGAUAAACGACCAGAUGCCUGCUUCAUGGGUGUCCAUUUUGCUAUAUUUCUGUAGAGACAGUAGCGUGAAAUCCUUAACCAACCUUUUACAACACAUUUGUUUCAGACAUUUAAUAAAUUCUGCACUCUCUACACUUCCAAUGAAAAACCACACAACUUAAAUGACAAAACAACUAAUAAAAAAAAAACAUCUUUAUUUAAAGGCUGUUUUGUGGAGUUGAUUUUUGUUUGCAUUUUGGUUACUUUGUACAGGUUGAUGUUUGGUCAUGGUGUUACUGUCUUCAUGCUUCUACUUACUGGGAUUUACAUUGUGAAACAACUUAUGAAGUAGAAAAAUCUGUACAAAUCUUAAAUGUUAAAUACAAUCACUCUGUACCAGUAAUGACAAACAUCCCACAGGAAAGAGUACAUUUAAACUCACAAAACAGCAGCUUAAAAUCUAAAUAGAAAACAACCACCUCAACCCCCGAAUAGAUUAGUCUGUCAGAAUACAUCUUUUAAAAAAAGAGAGAGAAAAAAAACUUCCAAAUGUAGCUCUUCAUUUGUGGAGAUAUGCCUGUAAACUAAAGGCUAAGGGGGCAAAGCUGCAGUUGAGCUCUACCAAUCAGUCCAGAACGUCACAACUUAUACAGAUGUCAGAAUGGGAAAGAAAAAAAAAAUGCUUGCAAGCUCUGUAAAACAGACCAGCUAUAAGGUCGUAACACAUUUUCAUUAACUGAACAACAUCAAGAAGAGCAUGUGUUUUUGCUGCUGUAGGCAUAAUUUAUCUCUAAGGACUCAUUUGAAACCCACUUCAAUUUUUAGAACAAUACAUUGUUAAAACUCACUUUAACCCAUAACCUAAACACACACUGUAUUGUUUUUUAAAUCUUAAACCAUCAAAAUGAGACCACAUGUCAUUGCAGCACGAGCCAUAAGCAUGAUGUGAAACAUACUGUAAAUGUAACCAACAGCAACAUGCAAAACUUUUGGCACCACUUUAUUCAUCUUGAAUUUUUGAAACAGAACUAGAUCACAUUUUGCUGAGGAUUUCAGUGCACUUACAAAAAAACAUGCAUGCUUAAUAUUUACCUGUGACAAGAUAUUCAACUCUGCUCAUUCUAUGCAUUAUUUCAGACUAAUCCUGAUUUUCACACAAUAAGGAAAUGAAAAACAUGUGCCUGUGUUGGCUCGACACACAAAGAAGAAAAAAAGGCAAUUCAAGUGUCUAUUGUAAUGUCACUCUGUUUAUAGAAACUCCCAAAAUUACAUCAUGCCAACUAACCUAACACAAAAUUACAACGUUUAUCCUCGAUUUCAGCAAAAUGUGACGAAAACAUCCUCUAAAAGUUUUAGAACUAACAAGUGAGAGAAAGAGGUAAACACACCCACACUUGAACACACAAAAGUGAUUCUAUAAACUGAAUGGCUGCUUUGAGAAGAAAACCAAAAAGGAGUACAAUCAGAAGCGCUAGGAAGACUGCUGGAAAACAAUAAAAAUCAAUAAAGAACAAAAUCUGAAAAAUUAAAAGCUUCUGCAAAAAUCUAGUGGUUAUAGUGUUUGUACGUUCUAGAAAAAUAGACUCUUUGCUCAGAACAAUUUUCAUGAAACGUUUUACACUUUUAGCAGUCUUUCUAACGCUCCCUAUUGGCAGCACAAAUGACAAAUGAACA